ACGCCCAACGGCAGCUUGUCCAGAUAUCCCAUCCGGAGGAAUAGAAGAGAGAAAACAAAUGCUUGAUCAGAACGAUUAUCUUUCAGAAUAGUAUUCAACCUAAGCUAGAAGGGGUUGCUGGCAGUCUCUAUUUGCCGUAGAUUGUCUCGAAUAACCAAACCCAAGGGAACAGUAGAGAAAGAUGGAGAAAGAAGCUGCAACGACGUCGUGGUCAUCAUUCGUUCGCAGUCUGCUGAGAUGUGGCGAACGAGCAGCUCACAUUGCACGAACGAUUCGCUCUGAGGAAAGUUUGUUUUCACUCCUGAUCGAGGAGAAGACGGGUGCAAGCAAUACCAAGCUGAGCGGAUCCGAUUUCAAAACUCUGGCAGACGUCCUUAUCCAGUGUUGUAUCGAAGCUCAGCUGACACACGAGUAUCCAUGCCUGGCAGGGCGUAUCCAUGGUGAGGAGGAAUCCACGUUCACCAAUCAGCUCGGCGAAAGCAUCCGGGUCGUAGUUGACGUUUGUUCCGACCCCGGCAAUGACGCAGCGCUCCGCUCCUCCGUCGACAGCACAGCGUCGCUGCUGUGCAGCGUUCUUGAUCGUAACCAGACGGCAUCGAGUGCGCUAGCGAGCGCUGUGCACGAGCCGCUAGACACGAGUGCACUGGAAGAUGAGGUAGCGCGGGUCGGUGUUGAGGGCUGUCUCGAUCUGGAUCGCAUCGCAUUCUGGCUGGAUCCUAUUGAUAACACGUCUGGUUACAUUAACAGCGCAGAGUCCGCCGACCAUUCGGACCACGCCGGCAUUCACUGUGUCACCGUCUUGCUUGGUGUGUACGACGUUGCCACGGAAACGCCAAUCGCAGGCGUUGUGGCGCAGCCCUUCUAUCGCCGCAGCGCGAACUGUAGCUCUGACACCAGCAGCAGCAAAGGAUCUGAUUGCUGCUGGAACGGUCGGACAUUGUGGGGUGUUUCUGACGGUGACACACGGUUUCAUUCGGAGUCACUAAAGCAAGCGACACAACGAACAGCACCAAGCAACGGUCACAUCACCGUUAUCGGUAGUCGCCACGAACGCUCUUCUCUCGUUCGCUGCCUGGAGUCCACAGGAAAUGCCGAGGUGACCGAGAACCAAGCUACAUCAUCAGAAGAGCAGACAUCCCCUUCAGAGAACUCUGCGACGUCAUCAGCAAAGACGUCGUUGUCGUCGUCGCCAUCGGAAUUGUCGUCGUCGAGCGGUUGUCGUGGCGUGAGGUUUGUCAGCGGGCACGGUGCCGGUUACAAGGCUCUAUGCGUUGCCACUGGCGACGCCGACGCUUAUCUGCUGUCAACGCCGUCGACAUACAUGUGGGAUACGUGUGCGGUGCAGGCCGUCUUGUCCAGUAUGGGUGGUGUGAUUGUGAACUACACCGACGCGCUACACUCCGUCGUGUCAUGCGGUCACGUUCCCGAUUGGUCGGCGCUCCGACUACGGUACAGUUUCACCGGCAUCCCAGGAGAGGACGCACCCAAGCGUUGGUGUAACACGCGUGGCUUGCUUGCGGUGCGUGAUGUCUCCCUGGGGAAGCACCUGCUCUCGCUCUGCCCUGCUGCACAGGGGGCUACGUAGCGCCAUGAUGAUUCUUGUUACAUUGUCCGUCUGUGAACUGUCUUCUACCGUGUGCUUUCCUUCUCAUUGUCCUUCUACGGACUGUGUGCUGCUGCUACUGUUAGUGGUGGUGGUGCUGAUGGCACCCCUCAGCAGUUGUGUUUGGAGGCAGAGUUGGCGAUCAUCAACCACUGCCGUUUCCCUUCGCGUCCGUCCGAUGACAGUCACAACCCGUCGGGAACUUGUUUGUGCUUAGUCUAGUCUUUGCUGUGCGGCACUGCAAGACAACUUGAGGUCAACAACUACGAUAUUUAGCCCCAGUGUGGAUCAGCCUGGGGUUUUUUUCUUUCUUUCAUGACUUGGCAACGGACGGCUUUCCGUAUCGGUUCCAAUUUAUUUCUCUUUCUUGUCGCAUCACUCCACUUGAAGGGCAGAUACUAUUUUUGACUGAAUCCACAGAAGAGAGAGAGAGAGAGAGAGAGAAAAGAGAGAGAAAAGAGAGAGAAAAGAGAGAGAAAAGAGAGAGAAAAGAGAGAGAAAAGAGAGAGAGAGAGAGAGAGAGAGAGAGAGAGAGAGAGAGAGAGAGAGAGAGAGAGAGAGAGAGAGAGAGAGAGAGAGAGAGGCCAGAUGGCAGAUGGCAGAUACUAAACCCCUGCUUUCUUGUUCAUAUCUAGUAUUUUUUGUUUUGUUUAUGUACGAGUAUUUGUUGGCAAAGCUAACGCAGAAGAGACGCUAUUUGACGGUGCCAUCCAAACAGCUUAUUCUGUAUAGACUCGGUUUCGCCUAUGGAAGCAAACAACUUUAUUUUAUUUUAAUACCUUGAUCUUUUUUAUUGUAUUUCAAAGUGACUUUAUUUACUGUCCGAUAUGUUCCUGUCGUACUAACACAUGCAGUACUAGUAUACAUUGUGUUACUUGGAAGUAUUUACCGCCUUGCAGUGAGUGGGCAGUUGUGAAUGGCAUACUCUCAGCAGCUGACCCUCAACUCCUGCUGCACUGUUCCAUGGGUUAUUUAUUAUGCUCUACUGCAGCAUCUGUGGAUCACAUGGCCGUCUACUUCUCUCUGCACCACGUGUUAUUUGCUUUUUUCCAGCGUUUGUGAAUCACUACU